AUGAGCAAAGUUUCAUGUCGCCUGUACGAUAGAUGUUUUCUCAGACAACUUACCAGUAAUUAUAUUGUUGAGGUAAAAGCUGUGGAUGAUGAUGCCGGUGAAAAUGGAACCAUCCUCUAUUUUAUUCAUUCUGGUAAUGAUGCAAAUUACUUUCGUUUGAAUCCAAAUAACGGCAUAAUGAAUAUACAUAGAAGUAUUCCAUACUCUGCAAUAGGUGAUCAUCCACUGAGGAUUGAAGCAAGAGACUGUGGAAAACCAUAUCGUUUCACUUUAGCUGAACUCAUUAUUAAAAUCGAUGAAUCUGAAUCGAAAGCUCAUCUCACUGGAAGGCUGUAUCAUGCAGACAAUGGAGUGGGCAGUGGUUUCAAUUUUGGCCUAAGUAGGAAUAAACUCAAUCUGUACAUUAUUAUAGCCAUUGUGGCGGCAGCUUGUAUAAUAUCAACAAUACUUCUCUUUUUAUUCCUCACAUUAUUACGUCAUGUCAAAGGUAGUCGGAAUUAUCUAAAUGUAAGUAAUUCAACAAAUAAAGCAGUCAGGAAAUCCUACAGCAAUAAUUCUAUGGAUUCUACACAAUGGCGUCUGAAAUCAGCAGUUUCUGAUUCCUCAAAAGUUCAAAGUAAUGAAGGUGUCCAGUCACUAUGCAAUAUUUCGUAUCAAAUCCCACUCGAAGAUAGUACAAGUACUGGUUUGGAAUCAGUGAGUCAUAUGAAUGAAAGUGUAUAUAUCUUACCUGUUCAAGUCGAGAACCCUUCUGACUAUUAUCCAUCUAUUAAGGCAUCUUAUCAUUACUGUCCAUAUGUAAAUCAAACCAUCCUAAAUGAUGCCAACCAUGAUGUUUUACAACCAGUGCGCACAAUCGAUUCGAAGAUGAUUUCUAAAGAAGAUUCGGUACCCACCAAUAUCAACUACCCAUAUGGUAUUUACUCAAAUCAUUUCGAUAAUGGAGUAUCGAAUAUAAACGACAAUGGAUCGCAUACAGGGUUUAUGAAUGACCAGUCUUCAGUACCAUGUACACUUAAGACAUUUGCAAAGUUGAAUGGUGAUUCACAAAAUACGUGUUAUCUAAUACCGUUGCAAGAGUAUUGGUCUAAGAUUCACAUGGGGUACACAAAUGUUGCGUCCAGUAUUGGUCUGCCGACAGAUUGUGAUUCAGGUCAUGGUGACAGCUUGGAAACACAGACGAAAAAUUCAACCAGUGUUCAUUUUAUUGAAUCGAGUUAAUAUUUAAUGCAAAAUGUAACUGUCAAACACCUACUUCUCUAUUGUGUAAUCCCUCUCAGUAUUAUUUUGAUCACUGAAAAUGAUGUGGACAAAGUUGAAUGUUUCCCG